CAAAAAAAGAAAAAGAAAAAGUAAAGAUGAAGAGACAAGUAGUGAUAAUGGUUUUGGUCUUAGUGGCAAUCCUAGUUGUCUCGUCGUUGGAUGUGAAGAGGGUGGAAGGCGCAAGGCCGGUCCGAGCCGAGAACGAGAUAAGGUUCGUGUUUCAGAGCCUGCAAAGGGGUCCGGUCGAUCCCCCGGGCAACGGCUGCCCGCACAUUCCCCGUGGCAGCGGCAGAUGCCAUGGCUGAGCCGCCGUGGCCGCCCCACCUACUACCUUCAUCGUCACUUUGUUUUCUUCACAUUCUUUGGUUCUUUAUAUACACAUAUGCAGAUACAUAUACAUAUACAUAGUAUGUAUUUAUAUAUAUGUUGGUUACGUUUUAUUCAUGAAAUUGUAUAGGAUGAAUAUGGCAUC